GAAAUACUGCGGGGAGCUUGUCAGCCGGUGUACUUUGCUCGGCCUGUGCCGGCCGGGUUAACUGCCGACUGAAGGCCGCUGUUCGUUGGGCGCUGGAGCUGAUUUCUGUCGGCCCGCGGCCUUUCAGUCAUUUCGGAAGUCGGUGCGAGGCGGGGGUGACGGUGUUUGAUUCAGUUGCAGCCCGUGGCCAGUCCUCAUAAACUGCGUCCUGAUCUCCACCGUGCGUCACGGACUUUGCGGUGCAAUUCAGCAAUAACUACAGAGUUGAAGGCAAAUGAAAUUGUGAAAUAUGGCAAAUGAAAAUGAAGAAUUGAAUGAGGACUUACAUGGGGUAGACGAGGAGGAGGAAGAGGAAAAUGCUCUUGAGUAUCACCAGGAUAGGAUUCCACUCCCAACUUUUCAUGAUUCUGUACCUGAAGAACGGAGUGGCCAUGUAGCAGUAGCACAUGGAAGUUAUAUGUAUAUCUUGGGUGGCUAUAAGAAUGCUGCAAUUCGAGGCUACCAUGAUUUCUAUUUGCCAAGAGAAGAACUUUGGAUCUAUAACAUGGAAACUGGACAAUGGAAGAAGAAAUACACAGAAGGUGAUGUUCCUCAGUCCAUGUCAGGAAGUUGUGCUGCUUGUGUGGAUGGUGUACUAUAUUUGUUUGGAGGACAUCAUGUAAGAGGGAACACUAAUGAGUUCUACAUUCUAAACCUGAGGGCCAAAGACAAAAUACUGCAUUGGGAGAGAAUAAAAGAUUCCAAAGGGGUACCACCAACACCCAAAGAUAAGCUUGGAUGUUGGGUGUACAAGAACAAGUUGAUUUUCUUUGGUGGCUAUGGUUACCAACCUCGAGAACAGCAUCAUGGAUCAUUUGAAUUUGAUGAAUCUUCAUUUUGGAAUGCAAGUCUUCCGAGAGGCUGGAACAAUCAUGUCCACUUCAUUGAUCUUGAAACUUUUACGUGGAACCAGCCCAUUACAAAGGGAAAACCCCCUUCACCCAGAGCAGCUCAUGCUUGUGCUACAAUUGGAAACCGAGGCUACGUGUUUGGAGGGAGGUAUCAGGAUGCCAGGACCAACGACCUCUAUUACCUUGAUUUGGAUACCUGGGAAUGGAAUGAAGUGGUACAAUCUCCUGAUCAGAUCCCCGUUGGCCGUUCUUGGCACUCACUCACUACAAUCUCAAAUGACCAUCUCUUCCUUUUUGGAGGUUUCACGACUGACAAACAACCGUUAAGUGAUGCUUGGAUAUACAGUGUGAACAAGAAUGAGUGGUUAAAAAUAGAGCACAAUUAUGCAGACAGACCAAGGCUUUGGCAUUCUGCUUGUACAAGUGAUGAGGCAGAGGUGAUUGUUUUUGGCGGAUGUGCUAAUAAUUUGUUGGCUCGUCAACAAGCGGCUCAUAGUAAUGACAUCCUUAUCUUCUCUGUACAGCCAAAGUCACUUGUCAGACUUUGCCUAGAGGCAGUGAUCCACUAUAAAGAAAUGUUGGCCAAUAUUUGGGACUGUCUGCCAAAGCAUCUGCUUCUUAGUAUUAAUCAACGAGCUGGGAGCAGUAACACAUCUGGAUCAUGAAUUCUGCCAAUGCAAUUACAGUUCCAACGAUCAUAGUGUGAUUUAGCUAUUCUUUGUUCUGGCAGUCAGAAAUACUGGUUUGUGAUAACAAGGUAAAGGUUGAAGGGCAGAAAAGCAUGACUUUUGAUUUUUAUUGGUACCUGCAUUUUUGCAGGCAGUUAAUAUUUUGUUAAAUCCAUUCUUCUUUUGAACAUUAAAUUAAUAAGCUUGUUUGCAUGGGAAUCUUGGAUUGUUUUGAAUAAAUGUGAAGCAAAAGAAAA